AUGUAUAGUCAGAUUGUCCGUUAUGAAAAGACCCUUUAUCACGAGAGCCAGGGACCUUCCUACAUCAAUGAUGGAUUCGUUUUUCAUCUUUGCAUGGACGACUCUGCGGAGGGUGUCGUAAUAGAACGUACCGAGGAGAUCUACAUGAACAGAAUGGUCAGGAUUUGCCGCCAAGAAAGUGCCCACGUCAGUUUCCGAAGGCAAAACCCCACGAUCCGCAACCAGUUGAAGAAGGGCUUCAGCCCCAUGGCAGCCCACAACUACGGUCAAAAGGCUGUUUUGGCUAAGGAGCUCCGGGCGGUGUCCGGUGCCAAAGCCCACAACUACGGUCAAAAAGCUAUUUUGGCUAAGGAGCUCCGGGCGGUGUCCGGUGCCAAAGGCAGCCCACAACUACGGUCAAAAGCUAUUUUGGCUAAGGAGCUCCGGACGGUGUCCGGUGUCAAAGGUGUUUGUAUCCUCUUCCGAAAGCCACUGCCUGGGAUUAGGAAGUUGAGUCCUUUAGAAUAUCAGAAAUUGCCUCCAUUGAAGGCUAUGGGACUUCAUGACUUCUUCUUGGAGGAAAACCCUUCCAGCUGGACCCCUUCAAGCUUUGCUUCUCAUCCUCUAGGGAAAUACUAUCGAGAUUACAUCGGGGGCCUUAUUUCCUUAAAAGCGAAUGGCUCUACUGCAAUAAGGACGUACUGCUCCGCCAUCCUCAGAUACCUUCAAAGCGAUGCAGAAGGGCAGAAUCUUGAGACUGAGGCCAAGAAGGCCAUCGAUUUUAAAAACGCUCUGCAUGAAGAAAAGAUUGAAGAACUCACCUUCAAGGCGAAGGCUUCAACCAACUUUUUGAAAACUCACCCCAUCCCUCUGCAGGUUAACUUAACAACGGAAGGUACUGCUAUUGCUGUUGGUAAGCGCCUCAUCCGUGUCCUUACACGUCGUAUUCGUUCCCUUGUACAGGAAAAUGUGGAUGAUGUCAAUGUCAAAGAAGCUAUCGAAAUACAGAGAAUUCCACAAUUGGGGAGAUCUAAGUCAUAUGAAAAGCAAUUGGAGGUCGAGUCAACCAAUAAGUUCUAUGACAAUACGGCUACAGGCGUCCACAUUAGGUUUCUCAACCAAGUAUCUGAAUGGAUGUUGAAUGAAAAGGAUGUACUUGCUAUAUUCAACGAUUUCAAGCGGUCUCAAGAAACAAAUAUAUAUUCACUUUCGCGUGAUGGUAUUGCUGAUUUAACCUCACGUAGUGAUUUCAUCGACACAUUGGCUGAUGAUAUUUUUAACCAAAUUGUUAGUGAAGGCCUAGAUAUUGAACAAGAUGACGACAUCAGCGACACUCUAUCUACCUUAUUCCGAGGUCCACAGGCAAGCUUCGAAGAUGCAUUAGAGGAAGCAGUUAAGAUAGAUAGGAGCAAUCGUGUUACAAGGUCAAUCACAGCAGUCUUGGAGAAUUUUUCAAUGUUUUUUCCCCACCACGGUAUAAUGCCAAAAAUGAAUGAACGACAGUUUUUCUCUGAGAUUGUGAUACCAUCGUUUCGCCAUGCAUUUCGACUGGUUGGAAAAGAUAUGGAGCUCUUUGAAAUUAAAAUACUAGGGUGUCAGAGAAGGAAGAAUCUUCAUAGGAUCCCUAUGCAAGAAAAGGCUGUACAUGCCCACCAAGUAGAUGCAACCGUGUCACACGAUGGUCUACAGGUAGUAUUGUUUGAGUGUUCACCGCCUGAUGCUAAGGAUGCUGACAAGGCAUUCUCAGAUCAUUUCAAGCUGACCCGUGAUCUUAAGGACACAUGGAUUUAUAAUGUUGAGGCUAUGAUACAGAACGGUCGCGAACCUACAAGAGGCCUAACAGUGUAUGGAGUUCAUAUUGCAAGGAAUAGGUUAGAGCUCUAUGCUUUGGAUUUUAUGGGUUGCUUUCGACUCCACGAAUGCACCACAAUUACUCUCCCCACAAGGCUAAGUACGUUCCAAACCUGCUUUCAGGAACUGGUUCAAAAAUCUUUUUGGUUCGCGAAGCAAGUUAGAGCUGAGUUGGACAAAUGGGACUCUGCCCAAACUCUAGAGCAGUCAAAGAAAAGAAAGGCAGAGAGAGCCCUUAAACUACUUCCAAAAACAAAUACAACUCCAACAAAGGGAAAAAAAGUUAAAAUGUAUCAAGGUGAAGGCGAUCAACUCGGGUGA